GGGCCGGACCUCCGGGCCGGCGCCCCCGCGCCCCCGUCGUCCGCCCCGCGCGCCCCGCCAGCCAGCCAGAUAAGUUCAGUUUCUUCUGUGGAGGGUACGCAGUUAACAGUCUUGAUUUCCUGGAUCUGGUAACAUGGCAAAAGAUGCCAGUCUAAUUGAAGCCAACGGAGAACUAAAGGUCUUUAUAGACCAGAAUCUUAGUCCUGGGAAAGGUGUGGUGUCUCUUGUAGCUGUACAUCCGUCCACAGUGAACACACUUGGAAAGCAGCUUUUGCCAAAAACCUUUGGACAGUCCAAUGUCAACAUCACACAGCAAGUGGUGAUUGGCACGCCUCAGAGACCUGCAGCAUCAAACACUAUUGUGGUAGGAAGCCCACACACUCCCAACACUCACUUUGUGUCCCAGAACCAGCCAUCCGACUCCUCACCUUGGUCUGCUGGGAAGCGGAACAGGAAAGGGGAGAAAAAUGGCAAGGGGCUGCGGCAUUUCUCCAUGAAGGUGUGCGAAAAGGUGCAGAGGAAAGGCACCACCUCCUACAACGAGGUGGCGGAUGAGCUGGUGGCAGAGUUCAGUGCUGCUGACAACCACAUUCUACCAAAUGAAUCAGCUUAUGACCAGAAGAACAUCCGGCGGCGUGUCUACGAUGCCCUCAAUGUACUCAUGGCCAUGAACAUCAUCUCCAAGGAGAAGAAGGAGAUCAAGUGGAUCGGCCUGCCCACUAACUCAGCCCAGGAGUGCCAGAACUUAGAGGUAGAGAGGCAGCGGAGGCUGGAGAGGAUCAAGCAGAAGCAGUCACAGCUCCAGGAGCUCAUCCUGCAGCAAAUUGCCUUCAAGAACUUGGUGCAGAGAAACCGUCAAGCUGAGCAGCAAGCCCGCAGGCCACCUCCUCCCAACUCUGUCAUCCACUUGCCCUUCAUAAUUGUCAACACCAGCAGGAAGACCGUCAUUGACUGCAGCAUCUCCAAUGACAAGUUUGAAUAUCUGUUUAACUUUGACAACACGUUUGAAAUCCAUGAUGACAUUGAGGUGCUCAAGCGCAUGGGUAUGGCAUGCGGGCUGGAAUCGGGCAACUGCUCUGCUGAAGACCUCAAGGUGGCAAGAAGUCUGGUACCAAAAGCUCUAGAACCAUACGUGACAGAAAUGGCUCAGGGAUCCAUUGGCGGAGUAUUUGUCACGACAACAGGUUCUACAUCCAAUGGCACAAGGCUUUCUGCCAGUGAUCUGAGCAAUGGUGCAGAUGGGAUGCUGGCCACAAGCUCCAAUGGGUCUCAGUACAGUGGCUCCAGGGUAGAGACCCCAGUUUCGUACGUUGGGGAGGACGACGACGAUGACGACGACUUCAAUGAGAACGACGAGGAGGACUGACGUCCGUGCUGCAGACCC